ACCGGUGUAAAGAAAUGCCGAAGAAGAAGAAGAAGAGCUGAAGUUGCAAGGUCAGCUGAUCUGUCGCGUUUCCUGUGAAUCAAUUCGAGACGCAGCUGUUAGCAACCACAGGGCUGGACUUUUAUUCACCUUAGAGACGAUUAAGAAGACAUUACAGGGUGAAGAUCGAGACACUUUUAUUUUUUUUUUCCUGAAAGAUGGCCGACACAGAUCAGCGAAAUGCCCCUCCUCCUCCUCCUCCUCCACAGACAGGGCCUGUGCAAUUCCUGUUGAGUAACAAACUGGAGACGGCCAUGUGGCUCUCGCGUCUCUUCACGGUCUACUGCUCCAUCAUGUUCAUCCUUCCUCUGCUUGGGCCAAUGGCAGCGGCUAACUUCUACCAGAGGGCUCUCUUGGCCAACGCUUUGACCAGCGCUCUGCGUCUGCACCAGAGGCUUCCUCAUUUCCAGCUGAGCCGAGCCUUCCUUUCGCAGGCGUUACAGGAGGACAGCUGCCAUUACCUCCUUUACUCACUCAUCCUGGUCAACUCCUACCCCAUCACCAUGAGCAUAUUCCCUGUGUUCCUCUUCUCACUGCUUCAUGCCACCACUUACACUAAGAAGGUUCUGGAUACGAUGGGACCGGGCAGUCUGAUGUUCGUACGGAACUUCCUGAACAAGCUCACAGCCAAUCAGCAGAACAUUCUCAAGUUCAUUGCCUGCAAUGAGAUCUUCCUGAUGCCAGCGACUGUCUUCAUGCUCUUCAGCGGACAGGGCAGCCUGCUGCAGCCCUUCAUUUAUUACCGCUUCCUGACUUUGCGUUAUGCCUCCAGACGAAACCCUUACUGUCGGACCUUGUUCACGGAGUUGCGGAUUCUCCUGGAGCACUUUGUGAUGAAGCCUGCCUGCCCAGCCUUCUUCAGGAGAAUGUGCCUCAAUAGCAUCGCCUUCAUUAGCCGGCUGGCCCCUACAGGAGUCUAAAUACGCUGUGUAUCAACACACUCUCUGACACAGCAUCACACACUGAUAAACACACACACACGCACACACUUUUAAACUCCUACAACGUGACUAGCUGGGAGAGAGUUCCUCCAAUGUAGAUUUCUAAGCAGGCAGACGAUGUUUGAGUGCUCACGCUCGACAUCCUGCUGAUCUCGUCUUCUGCAUGGAAAGCAGUUGCUAUUUUGGAGAAACUCCACAGGUCUGAAAGGCUGACAGAAAAAGAGCAGCAAACACUAUAUACCUGGUGUAUUGUCAAAUUGCUAUAGCUCUUUGGGCAGUGCUUUUGAAGGAUUAUUUAUAAAAUUACUACUAUGUAUGGAUGCUUUUCUUAUGGGUGUGGAUGGAAUACAAAAAAUAUUUAAGCUUAACUUAGAGUAAAUAAAUUGCUAAGUAAAUUGCUAGGUCUGUAUCAUUUGUUAGGAAGAGAGAUUUUGAUCUGUUGUUACAUGUGUGUGUAAUUUUGUUUCAGUGGUCUUAAAAUUGUUCAUUUUUUUUAUGACUGUAGCUGGAUUAUCUUGAAAUGUAACCUGUUGGUUAAUUUUUUUUUUAGUGAGUAGAGAGUAGAAGAGGAGGUCCCUUUAUGAUUUGAUUUUUUUUUUCAUUCUUUUUUAAUUAACAGAUUUAUUAAACAAUGAUUUAUGUAAUGUACUCCCUUAUUAAAAUGCUGCCUUGAAUGUGAAUUGUUCAAAGUAAAAGCAUUUCCUCUUUUUCAUUAAAAAGAGGUAAACUUA